AUGCAUAAGCAAUCACCAGUCGACAAGCGUCGAAAGUUUGACCCGGAUGCCUCCUUGGUGUUGGUGGGCAUCCGAGGUUGCGGCAAAAGGUCUCUGGGGUUUGUCGCUGCUACUGCAUUAAAACGACGAUUCAUUACUGAGGAUCACUACUUCAAGGAACGCACGGGCUACUCGAGACAUGAUUAUCUCAAGUGCUAUGGGAGCCAAGAGUUUCAGAAGCGCGAUAUCGAAGUCCUCAAGUCCAUGCUAGACAAUCACCGCUCUCGGUGCGUGAUUGAGUGUGGGCUGGGAAGUUUGACUCGUCCCGUGCAAGAGCAUCUCCGGCAGUACUCGGCCACCAAUCCAAUCGUGUACAUAAUCCGUGAUAUGGAUCGCAUACAGAGUCUUUUAGGCUUGGAGGAUCAAGCAGUCAAACUCAUCGGUGAGGGUGAUCCUCUGCAUCGAACGUGCUCCAACUUCGAAUUCUACAAUAUCGAAGACCGCUCCAGCUUAGCUGCCCAAACGGACGAAGGGACCCCCGAUCGGCGCUGCGUCGAUUAUUCUUUCAAAUUGAAAGAAGCCAAGGAAGACUUCACGCGUUUUGUCCGGUUCGUAACAGGCACCGAUGUGGGCCACACCAGCUAUGACUCGCCUUUUGUUCUUCUUGAGACGCCGCCAGAACUACGGUCCUAUACGCAUGCCAUAUUUGUCCGCUCUUCCGACCUUCUAGAGGGCACGGUGAAGAUACCUGAGUUGGAAUCGGGCGGGGAUGCCAUUGAGCUUUGCGUUGACCGCUGGGGUGUGGAUAUGGCAGCAACCAUGAGCAAGCAUGUUUCUUUGCUUCGAAGGAGCGCUCGCACUCCAAUCAUAAUAUCCAUCGAUACCACUUCGACAGGCAUUGCUCAAGGCAACUCUGCGUCACAAGUCAGCAAUGCGUAUUUUGCCAUCGUGGAGCAUGGCCUGCGGUUGGGGGUCGAGUACUUGGCGCUCGACCUUAACCAGGACCGGUCUCAAAUUAGCGAAGCGAUUCGCACUAGGGGAAGGACCAAGAUCAUAGGCCAACGCAUAUUUCAGCCGUCGGCUCCCGAAAGCUGGGAAAGCCAAGCAUGUUUUGACCUCUACCUUGAAGCCGAAAAGCUAGGCUGUCAGCUGGUCCGUUUUCUUCGCGUCAUUACGGCGCGGGAGGAGAAUGCGGCCGUUGUGAAGUUCACAAACAAGGUUCAGGCUUUACCUGGAGAACAUCCACCGGUCAUUGCCUACAACGUGGGCAGUUUAGGACGGACCUCCCAAGUGUUCAACUCCAUUCUUACCCCCGUCACGCAUCCCGCAAUCGAGCGCUCCUCAGAUAAUGGACGCGACCCUCAGAUCACUUCACGGGAUGCUGUCCAAGCACUAUUCCAGAGCUAUGUUCUUGACCCCCUCAAAUUUUGCAUUCUGGGUGGCAAUGUAGCCUAUAGUCUUUCUCCCGCAAUGCACAAUGCUGCAUUUAGACAAUGUGGUAUGAACCACACUUAUACGAUACCCGAUUCUCCCUCCCUUGCGAUUCUGGAUCGGCUGGGCCGCGAUCCGCAUUUCGGAGGGGCGAGUGUGGUUCAGCCCUGGCGAGUACAGUUAUCUCACAAGCUCGUGGCGAAGAGCCGCCAUGUCGAGGCAAUUGGCGCCAUCAACACGAUCAUGCCAUUACGGGCCAGCGCCGAUGGCGCCAUGUAUUCCCUGCAAGAGCAAGCGAGUCGACGUAACCAGGCCGGGCCUGUGGUGGGGUGGUACGGAGAGAAUACUGAUUGGGUAGGUAUUAUGACUUGUAUCAACCGCAAUCUCUCCCCACGCAAUGCAAUCAGUCCCUUGAAAACAACGGGGCUGGUGAUUGGAGCGGGUGGCAUGGCUCGCGCGGCGGUCUAUGCCAUGCUUCGCCUGGGAUGCCGAAAAAUCUUUAUAUACAAUCGGACAUUGGCACGGGCUGAGAGUGUGGCUCGACAUUUCAAUUCUUGGGCAGCGUCUCAGGUGGACGCAUCAGAAGUAGUAUACGUGCUGGAAUCACUCAAAGAUGAAUGGCCGGCCGGUGCUUGCCCUCCAUGUAUGAUUGCAUCCUGCGUACCAGCAGACCCUGACCGAGACGAACCGCCCGCCAAUUUCGAAAUGCCGAUGCAGUGGUUGGGUAGCCCGACCGGAGGCGUGGUUCUUGAGUUCGCUUACAAACCAUUGGACACGCCACUGCUACGUCAAAUGCGUAGCAUCAGAAGCGAGACGGGCCGGCCGUGGGUCUUGGUAGAUGGGCUUGAUAAUGUAGUCGAACAAGCAAUCUCGCAAAUUGAGCUGAUGACGGGACGCAAGGCGCCCCGGCGCUUGAUGUUCUCGGAAGCACUUCGCAAUUAUGUCGGCGAAGACGGGCCUUUCGAUGAAAAGACUAUUCAGUCCCGACUUGAGCAGGUUCGUUGA